AUGAGUGGGAGAUAUGAUGGUGUGAGGGCUGGUGAGAAUGUAGCCAGGCCCAGUGUGAGGUCGGCACGCGUCUUUGGGUUAGCCGGCGUGUUGACAGACCCCGUACGUGGCCGGGUGCGUCCCGACCCAGGCCCAGUGUUGAGGUCGCACGCGUCUUUCGGGUUAGCCGGCGUGUUGACAGACCCCGUACGUGGCCGGGUGCGUCCCGACGUAUAG